AUGAUAAAGGACAUCCAUACUUCAUUGAAAGAGAUCAGAGAUGUGCAGACGAAGGUAAAGAACAUGCAGGAGAAGCGCAAGAGAGUAGACCAACUCUCAAAAGAAAGAAUUCCGAACCAAGGGAAAAUACCUAUAUCAAAUAAACUAAACGAGGCUUAUGCUGCUCAAGACAAGAAUGAAAUUGAAGAUGCCGAUUACGAUAUUGAACUCCAUAAAGAGCUUAAAAAGACCAAGAAGAGGACCAACAGCUGGAACGGGAACCCAAAACAGAAGCAAAAAUCCAAAAACGAAGAGAUUGACGUCAAUGUAUUGGCUGAUUACAAUGCCAAGAAGGAUGAGUACGACACUGAGUUGGAUAAAGCUCAGUCUAAAGGAGAUACUAGCAAAAUUAAAGAUGGAGACAGUAAAAAUCAGAUUUGUGGUCGAUGUGGCCACAGCAUUAAGAAGAAAUCUACUUGAAAGAAAAAGUCCAAGGACUCAGAAGUCCUACUCAAAAGCUCCCAUAGCGACACUAGCUCAGUUACACUGGAUGGAUCUGUACUCGAGGAAUACUGGGAUGACUUUGACGCAGAGAAUAUCGUGAUUGAGGAGAAGAAAAACUAUAAAUUUCUCAACAUCGAUGAAAUGUUCGCAGAAGACAAACAAAAUAAGAAGUUUGAACUAGAAAUAUUUAAAGAGUUUGACCCUGAAGACCCUCCAAUCUUGAAGCAUUACGAUACUCUCAAUGAGAAGUACAAGUUACCAUCAAGAAUGGUUCUUGAAAUGGAGAGGGAUGGCUACCGCAAGUACAUCAAGAUGCUCAAAAAGGUCAGCAAGGUCCUAGUUCAAAGAGCUAAGAAGCAGGCCAGGGACACUGCUACUCGCAUCGUUCAAAACCACACAGAUCCAGGGAAACAGGACUUCGACAACGAAAUUGCCCACAUUCUGUUUCAGUUCGAAGAUGUGAAAGAAGAGAAUUCAAAAUAAAAACAAGAGGAUUGAAUACCUCGAGAAUAAACUAAGAGAGUUCGAACAAACACUCACUCAGACAGCCAACUACUUUAGAAAAUGAGACUUUGGGUUCAAAUACAAACUUGAGGAGAUGGAAAAAGUCGAUUCAAAGCCAGAACCAGACACUAAGCCAAAGAGAUUCGUUAAAAAGAAGGAGCCUCAGGAGCCACGGAGAGUUCAUGCUCCUUACGCAGAUCUGUUGAUGACAAGACCUCUAGGGUUCUUCUCCCUGUACCAUCAGAUUUCCAAGGAAGAUAAAGAUGUGGUUCUGUCUGAUGCCCUCGUGCAGAAGCUUAAGGAAAGAAAUGCAAACUUAGAGAAAGCCAUUGAGGUCAAGGAUCAGGACAUCACAAAUCUAUCCAAAGAGGUCAAGUCCUUAAUGAGCAAUGAGAAGCAACGUCUUGACAGAAUCACCGUCCUUGAGCAGGAACUCUGAGACGAACGAAAUUUCACUAAGAAGAUUCAAGAGACUGCUGAGAAGGAAAGACAGGAAGAAACCCAGAAAAUGAACCAGAAAAUGGAGGAUCUACUACUCCAAUUUUCCCAUUAUAGCCAAAUAACCGCAGAGGAAGUAAAAGUGAAUGAGAUGCUAAGGUACAGACAAAGGAUGACCAUUCACAAACUCAAGGAUGAUAUCAACGAAUUUAAGAAAAUCCUGGCUAUUCCCAGGCUUUACUCAAAAUACUGUGAAGAAAGCAAGGAUUUCUUCAAGAAGAAAAAUGGUGGUGAAUAUCUCACUCAAAGAGAAAUUGAUAUGUAUGAUGUCUCAUCAGAACGGUCUACUCCGAUGUACAACCAGAGAGAAUCUAUUUGUCAUAAACUUAACGAUAGAAGCAAGAUCAGUCUUCCUCUGCUGCAGGAAUCUGCCAUUGAGAAUCAAGAAUCUGAGGGAGAUAGUGUUGAGAACUCCAUGCAGCACAGGUACGACUAUGUUCCUGGGAAGUUGUUCAAUCCGAGAUCAAACCUUGAGAGACAUCAUGAGCUCGUCCAAGAGCUUAAAGGUAGUAGGAACAAACCAUCAAUUCUUGGCCAGUACAAGACUUCAAGAGAUAUAAGCAAGUCUUCUCUGUCCCAAGCUGGGCUCCUGACAGAUAGAAAAAGCUUACUGAUGGCUUCGACUGAUUUCUCAAAGACUUCGGAUAAAGUUCCAGGGAAAGAGCUCGCAGUGAACGUGUUCGAGAAGCAGUUGAAUUUUCCGAAGACUACUAAACAGAGGAAACUGCUGGGAAAUAAGCUGAAACAUAACAACUCUUUGCCCCAGCUACGCAAGGUGAUGAACAAUGAUAUUAGGAAUGUGACCAAAAUGAAAUAACUUGCCUAAA